CUCUCUCUGGGCGAAGCUGGGAAUUGGGUGGGAUUAGACGGAGGAGCCCCGCCGCCGCCGCUAGCAGAGCCCGGCUUGGAGAGGGCGGGGGUGCCCCUCCGUCAGCGGCGCCGAGCGCCCCUCGCCUCGUCGCGCUCUCUGCCUCGCUCUCCCCAGCGUCCGGCCAGGAGGAGCCGGCAGCAUCGGGAGCUUGCAGCUGAGGGCGUCGCGGUCCGCACCCCGCGCCCGCAGACCCCGACCCGACCCGGGCGGGGCGCCCCUUCCUCUCCCCGCUGCAGCGCGCGGGGGCCCUGCCGGUUUCCGUCCUCCCCAGGCUGUGAGACCUGCCCCGGCCGCCCGAAGCUCCAGCCAUGGGCUCGGGGCGCGUGCCCGGGCUCUGCCUGCUGGUCCUCCUGGUCCACGCCCGCGCCGCCCAGCACAGCAAAGCCGCGCAAGAUAUGGACGAGUGUGUGGAGGGGACUGAUAACUGCCACAUCGAUGCCAUCUGCCAGAACACCCCACGGUCAUACAAGUGCAUCUGCAAGUCUGGCUACACAGGAGAUGGGAAACACUGCAAAGAUGUGGAUGAGUGUGAGCGAGAGGAUAACGCAGGUUGUGUGCAUGACUGCGUCAACAUCCCUGGCAAUUACCGAUGCACCUGCUAUGAUGGAUUCCACUUGGCGCACGAUGGGCACAACUGUCUGGAUGUGGACGAGUGUGCUGAGGGCAACGGUGGCUGUCAGCAGAGUUGCAUCAACAUGAUGGGCAGCUACGAGUGCCACUGCCGGGAAGGCUUCUUCCUCAGCGACAACCAGCACACCUGCAUCCAGCGACCAGAAGGAAUGAAUUGCAUGAACAAGAACCAUGGCUGUGCCCACAUUUGCCGGGAGACACCCAAGGGGGGCAUUGCCUGUGAAUGCCGCCCUGGCUUUGAGCUCACCAAGAAUCAACGGGACUGUAAAUUGACAUGCAACUAUGGUAAUGGUGGCUGCCAGCACACGUGUGAUGACACAGAGCAGGGCCCCCGGUGCGGCUGCCACGUCAAGUUUGUGCUUCAUACCGACGGGAAGACAUGCAUCGAGACCUGUGCUGUCAACAACGGGGGCUGCGACAGUAAGUGCCAUGAUGCAGCUACUGGUGUCCACUGCAGCUGCCCUGUGGGCUUCAUGCUGCAGCUGGACAGAAAGACCUGCAAAGACAUAGAUGAGUGCCGCCUGAACAAUGGGGGCUGUGACCACAUUUGCCGCAACACAGUGGGCAGCUUCGAAUGCAGCUGCAAGAAGGGCUAUAAGCUUCUCAUCAACGAGAGGAACUGUCAGGACAUAGAUGAGUGUUCCUUUGAUCGAACCUGUGACCACAUGUGUGUCAACACACCAGGAAGCUUCCAGUGCCUCUGUCAUCGUGGCUACCUGCUCUAUGGUGUCACCCACUGUGGGGAUGUGGAUGAAUGCAGCAUCAACCGGGGAGGUUGCCGCUUUGGUUGCAUGAACACGCCUGGCAGCUACCAGUGUACCUGCCCAGGAGGCCAGGGCCGGCUACACUGGAACGGCAAGGAUUGCACAGAGCCUGUUAAGUGUCAGGGAAGUCCUGCGGCCUCGAAAGCCAUGCUCAGUUGCAGCCGGUCUGGCAAGAAGGACACGUGUGCCCUGAGCUGCCCCUCCCGGGCCCGCUUUUUGCCAGAGUCUGAGAAUGGCUUCACUGUGAGCUGUGGCACUCCCAGCCCAAGGGCUGCUCCAGCCCGCACCAGCCCCACGGGGAACAGCACAAACUCCAACCACUGCCAUGAGGCUGCAGUGCUGUCGGUUAAACAGCGGGCCUCCUUCAAGAUCAAGGACGCCAAGUGCCGUCUGCACCUGCGAAACAAGAGCAAAAUGGAGGAGGCCAGCAGGAUGCUGGGGCCAGGUGGUGCCCCCUGCUCUGACUGCCAGGUCACCUUCAUCCACCUCAAGUGUGACUCCUCUCGGAAGGGCAAAGGCCGACGGGCCCGGACCCCUCCAGGCAAGGAGGUCACCCGGCUUACCCUAGAACUUGAGGCAGAGGUCAAAGCUGAAGAAACCACAGCUGGCUGUGGGCUGCCCUGCCUCCGACAGAGGAUGGAACGGCGGCUGAAAGUGUCCCUCAAGAUGCUCAGGAAAUCCAUCAACCAGGACCGCUUCCUGCUGCGUCUGGCAGGCCUUGAUUAUGAGCUAGCCCACAAGUCAAGCCCGGUAGCUGGGGAGCGAGCAGAGCUGGUGGAGACCUGUAGGCCUGGGCAGCACCGUGCUGGGGCCAAGUGUGUCAGCUGCCCGCAGGGAACGUAUUACCACGGCCAGAUGGAGCAGUGUGUGCCAUGCCCAGCGGGCACCUUCCAGGAGAGAGAAGGGCAGCUCUCCUGCGACCUUUGCCCUGGGAGUGAUGCCCACGGGCCUCUCGGAGCCACCAACAUCACCACGUGUGCAGGUCAGUGUCCACCUGGACAACACUCUAUAGAUGGGUUCAAGCCCUGCCAGCCAUGCCCACGUGGUACCUACCAGCCUGAAGCGGGACGGACACUGUGCUUCCCGUGUGGUGGGGGCCUUACCACCAAGCAUGAGGGGGCCAUCUCCUUCCAGGACUGUGACACCAAAGUCCAGUGCUCUCCUGGGCACUACUACAACACCAGCAUCCACCGCUGCAUCCGCUGUGCCCUGGGCUCGUACCAGCCAGACUUCCGCCAGAACUUCUGCACCCGCUGUCCAGGCAACACAAGCACGGACUUCGAUGGCUCCACCAGUGUGGCCCAAUGCAAGAAUCGUCAGUGUGGUGGGGAGCUGGGUGAGUUCACUGGCUAUAUUGAAUCCCCCAACUACCCGGGCAACUACCCAGCCAGCGUGGAGUGCGUCUGGAACAUCAACCCCCCACCCAAGCGCAAGAUCCUUAUCGUGGUACCCGAGAUCUUCCUGCCAUCUGAGGACGAGUGUGGGGACGUCCUCGUCAUGAGAAAGAACUCCUCCCCGUCCUCCAUUACCACCUACGAGACCUGCCAGACCUAUGAGCGCCCCAUUGCCUUCACAGCCCGCUCCAGGAAGCUCUGGAUCAACUUCAAGACCAGCGAGGCCAACAGUGCCCGGGGUUUCCAGAUCCCCUAUGUUACCUAUGAUGAGGACUAUGAGCAGCUGGUAGAAGACAUUGUACGAGAUGGCAGGCUCUAUGCCUCUGAAAACCACCAGGAGAUUUUAAAGGACAAGAAGCUCAUCAAGGCCUUCUUUGAGGUGCUGGCCCACCCCCAGAACUACUUCAAAUACACAGAGAAGCACAAGGAGAUGCUGCCAAAAUCCUUCAUCAAACUGCUCCGCUCCAAAGUUUCCAGCUUCCUGAGGCCCUACAAAUAGUGUCCCUGACCCAGAGAUCCCAGUUUUGAAGCUCCCAGACUCCUUAGCCCUCAGAGCUGGCAGCCCCCACCCACAGACAAGGAAUUCUCUUCUCUCUCUUUUUAAAGAAGAAAAAAAUCACUCUACAGACCAGGCACUCUCCCUUUCUGUCUCUAGUUUCCUCUCCUUGUCUCUCUCUGCCUCUUUUUUUCUCUCUCUCUCUGUCUGCUGUUUUCCUUUUUCCUACACACUCCCUGGGAAAGCCAUUCAGUGCUGGCUCUAUUCCCCCUGAGGGGUGAAAGAACAGUACCUCCUCCCCAACCAAACUGCCCAUUUCACCAGCUCACAUCGCUAGCCCCAUCAGCUUAGAAGGGUGCGGGAGGCCCAUGAAGGAAGUGGGUCUUGUGGGGGAUGGGGAGGGGGACAAGGGGGCUGCUGCCAUUAUAGGGUUGUGCCUUGCUAGUCAGGAGCCAAAACGUCCCCUGGCUAUGUCCCCCAGGGUGAUUCUAACAGUCCAGACUCCUGCCAAAGAAGCCUUUGACUUACAGGCUUAAUGCCGGCACCUCUGGAGCACAUGGCUUGAGUCCUGGACCACCCACAGUUAGCCUUCUUGUCUGUACAGCAAAUCUUCUUCCUUCCCCACAUGUGUGCCUGGGGCCUACUCCAUAAGGGCUUACAGAUGACCCACACCACUGGGCUAGUGGACACUGGCUGAAUGAGGAAGAGCAGCAGGCAUUUACCACGGUGAAUGUGCCGCUGUGGCUCUCCGAGAGAAAGACUAUAGCGCGCUGAACAACAGAAACCAGGUUUUAAAGCAU